AUGGCGGUCGGAAAGAACAAGAGGUUGUCCAAGGGCAAGAAGGGCCUGAAGAAGAGAACCGACCCAUUCGCCAGGAAGGACUGGUUUUCCGUCAAGGCCCCAUCCACCUUCGCCGUCCGAGAUGUCGGCAAGACCCUCGUGAACCGCACCACCGGUCUCAAGAACGCCAACGACGCCCUCAAAGGCCGCAUCUUCGAAGUCUCCCUCGCCGAUCUCCAGAAGGACGAGGACCACGCAUUCCGCAAGGUCAAGCUGCGAGUUGACGAGGUCCAAGGCAAGAACUGCUUGACCAACUUCCACGGACUCGACUUCACCUCCGACAAGCUGCGCUCGCUCGUCCGCAAGUGGCAGUCCCUCAUCGAGGCCAACGUCGUGGUCAAGACUACCGACGACUACCUCCUCCGCCUCUUCUGCAUCGCCUUCACCAAGAGACGACCCAACCAGAUCAAGAAGACGACCUACGCACGCUCGUCGCAGAUUCGGCAGAUCAGGAAGAAGAUGACGGACAUCAUGUCGCGUGAGGCUCAGAACUGCACUCUCAGCCAGCUCACCGGCAAGCUCAUCCCCGAGGUGAUUGGCCGUGAGAUUGAGAAGAGCACCCAGGGCAUCUACCCACUCCAGAAUGUCCACGUCCGCAAGGUCAAGCUCCUCAAGGCACCCAAGUUCGACCUUGGUAACCUCCUGUCGCUGCACGGCGAAUCCUCGACCGACGACUCUGGCCAGAAGGUUGAGAACCGUGAGUUCAAGGAGACGGUGCUUGAGAACGUGUAA